CCUCUUUUUUUUUUAUAUUUUUAAUUUUUGGCUGUCUCUCCCCUUUUCCCCCUGGAGUUACAAACUGUUUCCGAAGCUGCUCCCGCUCUCUGAAUUCCCCCCGUGGCACAACAAGCCCGUCCGUGGAAACCACCACCGCAGAGAUCCACCGCGGCGGCUCCGCGGCUCCUUUUGCACCAACCGCUUCGGUUAUCUCCCUAUAAACCUGUGUUCCCGUUAUAUUUACCCCCCCUUCCACGCGUGCCUCCCCCCCCACCCCGCCCCGCUCCCCGCGGCCGUGCGCGGCGGGGCUGUCCCCGCUCCGCGUGUGCGUGGCCCCCGUGACACGGCGGGUCGGCGGAGCCGCUCCUCCAACUUUCCCUGCCUAAAUUUGGCCGGAACAUGUCUCUGACCAACACAAAGACGGGGUUCUCGGUGAAGGACAUUUUGGACCUCCCCGACACCAACGAUGAGGACGGCUCCGCUGCGGAGGGGGGUGAGGAGGAGAGCGAAGCGCCGGAGCCCCCCAGGAAAGCGGGGGUGCUGGGGCAGACCCCCUUGGACGCUGUGCAGACGCUGCCUUUGAAGAACCCCUUCUACGAUAGCAGCGAUAAUCCCUACACGCGAUGGCUGGCGAGCGCCGAGGGCAUCCAAUACUCCCUGCACGGGCUGGCGGCGGGAGGCGGCGGCCAGGACCCAUCGGCCAAGUCACCGGAGCCGUCGGCAGACGAGUCACCCGACAACGAGAAGGAAGCAGCGGGCGGCGGGGACGCGGGGAAGAAGAGGAAGAGGAGGGUGCUCUUCUCCAAGGCGCAGACCUACGAGCUGGAGCGGCGGUUCCGGCAGCAGCGGUACCUGUCGGCGCCGGAGCGGGAGCACUUGGCCAGCCUGAUCCGCCUCACCCCGACCCAGGUGAAGAUCUGGUUCCAGAACCACCGCUACAAGAUGAAGCGGGCCCGGGCCGAGAAAGGUAUGGAAGUGACUCCUCUGCCCUCCCCGCGGCGGGUGGCCGUGCCGGUCUUAGUCAGGGACGGCAAACCCUGCCACACGCUCAAAGCUCAGGACUUGGCAGCCGCGACCUUCCAGACGGGAAUCCCUUUCUCCGCCUAUAGCGCCCAGUCCCUACAGCAUAUGCAAUACAACGCCCAGUACAGCGCGGCCAGCAACCCCCAGUACCCCACAGCACACCACUUGGUACAAGCGCAGCAGUGGACUUGGUGAAGGCUGGAGGGGAGCGCGCAUCCCCCCCGCACCCGCGUACCCCCCAUACGCGAAAAGAGGAGGAAAACCCCGAAAUAAUAAAGCGAGACAGAGAGGGAGACAGACUGAUGCUCCAAAAAUGAAACUCAGAACUGCGGGGGAAGGGAUGGAGAGGGAAACGCUAUUAUUAUUAUUAUUAUUAUUGCUAUUAUUAUUAUUAUGUUGUUUGGAUUUG